AUGAGAGACCCGGAUCUUAUCAUGGAGCACAGCAACCAUAACGGGGAUACUCAGUCAGGACCGGCGCCCACUGUCAACGGGAUUCGGAGAAACCAGAAUCGGUCGGUUCGAGUAAGCUUUGAACCAGGUCCAGACUCCGUUAUUCCAUCACGCGACCGCUCGCCCACACCACUGAAUAGCCACCAUCGAUCACUCACCGAAGUAGAGCCUCAGGAAUCCUCAUUAGCACAACCGCGAAAAGACGGGUCAUCUAAUGAUAGUAAUGGCUCCGCAGCAACAGAAAAUCCAAGUCGACCUUCCUUGGGCGGUCGUCCAGGUACACUUCAACGCGCAAAAAGUGACUACGGACCUAGAUCAGUGAUGAGCAGUCAAGCUACGACCAACGAGGAGGAUGACUUUGCCAUGAGGCAUGGAUGGCAAGAAGAAUAUACCUCUACCGAGUAUUUGAAACUACUCCAUUCUAAUUUCUAUAUGUACUUCACUGAGAAACGACAUGAAACAAGCGGUCUUCCACGAGAGCCAGCUGGAAGCUGGGCAAUUCAGGAGUGGCGGAUGAGAGAUCGUUUAAAGACAGUGUCCGCAGCACUGGCGAUUUGUUUGAAUAUUGGCGUCGAUCCUCCAGAUGUUGUGAAGACAAAUCCUUGCGCGAAGCUAGAAUGUUGGGUAGACCCUACUUCCACAACAGGCGGGCAGAAUAAGAUGAUGGAGCAGAUUGGGAAGAAACUGCAGGAGCAGUACGAGAAUCUCAGCUUGAGAACGAGGUACAAACAAUAUUUGGAUCCAUCCGUGGACGAGACCAAAAAGUUCUGCAUUUCUCUUCGUCGAAAUGCAAAAGACGAGAGGGUUCUCUUCCAUUACAACGGUCAUGGUGUUCCAUUGCCCACCCAGUCAGGAGAAAUCUGGGUCUUCAAUAAGAAUUACACCCAGUACAUUCCAGUAUCUCUAUACGAUCUUCAAUCUUGGCUCGCAGGCCCCAGUCUGUUUGUCUUUGAUGUAUCUCAUGCUGGAAAUAUUAUACAAAAUUUUCACAGCUUUGUCGAGAAACAUGAACGGGAGAAUCUUGAAGCCAAGAAGAGGGAUUCCAAUGCGCCUAUUCAGAACUACGGCGACUGCAUCUUGCUAGCGGCUUGCCAGAAGAACGAAACACUCCCGACAAACCCCGACCUUCCCGCUGAUCUCUUCACCUGUUGCCUCACUACACCUAUUGAUAUUGCACUGCGGUAUUUCAUCCUCCAGAAUCCCCUCGAUGUCAACCUAAAAUUAGAAGAUUUCAAGAUUCCUGGGCGUUUGCAGGAUCGAAGGAGUCCACUCGGCGAAUUAAAUUGGAUCUUCACUGCCAUUACCGACACCAUUGCUUGGAAUACUCUACCCCGGCCUCUAUUCAAGAAGCUCUUCAGACAAGAUCUGAUGGUUGCAGCUCUUUUCAGAAACUUCUUACUGUCUGAGCGCAUUAUGCGAACUUACCAAUGCCAUCCCAUGUCGUCUCCAAAGCUGCCCGAAACUCAUAACCAUCCGCUCUGGCAAAGCUGGGAUCUUGCAAUCGAAAUGGUUCUCAAUCAACUUCCAGCUUUGAUUGAAAGCGAGGAAGGUCGAAGACAGUACGAAUAUCAACAUUCCACUUUCUUUGCCGAGCAAUUGACAGCAUUCGAGGUCUACCUGUCUUCUGGGCCAACCGAGAAGAAUCCUCCGGAUCAGUUACCGAUCGUUCUACAGGUAUUACUAAGCCAAGCUCAUCGCCUAAGGGCUUUGAUUCUUCUGAGUAAGUUCCUUGACUUGGGCCCUUGGGCUGUCCACUUGGCACUUAGCAUCGGGAUUUUUCCCUAUGUCGUCAAGCUGCUACAAUCGGCCGCUCAGGAAUUGAAACCUGUUAUGGUUUUCAUUUGGGCUCGAAUUAUGGCUGUGGAUCAUUCUGUGCAGAAUGAUCUUUUGAAAGACAAUGGCAUUCAUUAUUUCAUCACUAUCUUGAACCCUACUUCGCCCAUUCCAGUCGGCAAUGCAAGCGAACACCGAGCAAUGUGCGCCUUUAUAGUCUCAAUAUUCUGCAAAAACUAUCCUCAAGGCCAGAAUGUUUGCCUUUCUGCUGAACUUUUCGACUCUUGUUUAAACCAUCUUAUGGAUGUGGAAAAUCCGCUGCUCCGGCAAUGGUCCUGCCUAUGCCUGAGUAUGCUAUGGGUAGACUUCCCAGAUGCAAAGUGGAUGGGUAUACGUUAUGCUGCACCACAAAGGUUGUGUGAGCUGUCUCUCGAUCCUGUCCCUGAAGUGCGCGCUGCGAUGCUGCACGCACUCACCAAUUUCCUCGGCAUUCCGGACUUGACGGACCAAGUUGGCAAAAUCGAGGAGUUUAUUGCCAUGGCAGUUCUUCCAAUGGCAGCUGACGGCAGUGUUCUUGUAAGGAAGGAGCUUUUGGUUUUCUUCUCUACAUUCGUUAAGCGAUACGAAAACAAGUUCCUUGUUGCUGCAUACGAGGAGCUUGUGGAGGAGAAGCACUCAUUGCUUCGCCGGGCACAGAAAGAGCCACAACAGCUUGCACUGCUUGGUGAAAGUGCCGACGACUCUGAUGAGAAGCCUCAUUUUCUGUCGCGUAACACAACUUUUGGAACGAUAUGGAAGCAACUUUUGAUUCUGUCUGUGGAUCCCCAUCCAGAAAUUGCUCGAGACGGCAGUACUGUCGUAGACUAUAUUCAUUACGCUCUGUUGCAAUCUCCCAUGGCCUCAAUGGCUAACAAAGCUCGUGACGAAAUUAUGGACAUUGCAUCUCGUCUAAAUUUGAACAAGCCACAACUCGCAGAACCGGUGGAAUUCAAAAUGACGCAUCCCGCCCCUCCAGCUCAGCCUCAACCUAAAAAUGAGGGAUAUUUCUCCUUGAGCAUGAGACGUACCGCUAGCGUCGCGGCAUCACUCAAGAAUCUUGCCUUCGGCCCAUCCACUUCAACUGACCAAGAACCUUCAUCACCAUCUUUGUCUCAACAUAAAGCAUCGCCUACCAAGAACAGGCCACCCAUGACUCCUCGGGGCCGGGCCCCACCUGAAUGGACUCGUCCCCCUGAGGUGAAUGAUCAAGUAGCUCCGGCGACAGCAUAUCAUCAAGCGCCGGCUCCUCUUUCCAGAGGGUUUGAGUCAAGAGAUCUCAAUGUUCCUCCGUCUAUACCACUCAAGAGCCGUUUCUUGGAUUGGUCUACAGAGUACUUCCGCGAACCGCAGAUGAAGCCUAAUGAGCCUGACGAGCCAGGCAGUGCCGACUACAAUGAACGUCUCUGGCGCAGAAGUCGGAACGAGAAAAUCAUAGCCGAAACUCAGCCUCUCAAGGAGAAAGCUGGAAGCAGUCGGUGGCAAAGUUCGACGGCACUGUUAACAAAUGACAGCCAGCCUAUGAAGAUGACGUUUCACCAGUUCGAGGAUCAUCUCGCUAUUGGCGAUGAUCGUGAUACUAUUUCAAUAUGGGACUGGCAACAGAACCAGUGCCUUAAUAGAUUUUCGAACGGCAAUCCUCCCGGGUCGAAGAUCAACGAAAUCCGUUAUAUCAAUGAAGACGACCAGGCACUGUUGAUGACGGGAUCUUCGGAUGGAGUUUUGAAGGUUUACAGGAAUUACGAGAGACACAAGAAGAUCGAGAUUGUUACUGCAUUCCGAGCUCUACCAGAACUUAUACCAAGCAAUAGAAAUGCGGGCCUGGUCUUUGAUUGGCAGCAAGGUCAGGGCAAGGCUCUUGUUGCAGGUGAUGUUAAAGUCAUUCGAGUGUGGAAUGCUGCUACAGAAGUCUGCACGAAUGAUAUAUCUGCACGAUCCGGUUCUUGCAUUACCUCUUUGACGUCUGAUCAAGUUGCAGGAAAUAUCUUUAUUGCAGGAUUUGGAGACGGCGCAGUUCGCGUUUUCGACCAGCGACUCAAGUCUACGGCAGCUAUGGUCAAGGUAUGGCGAGAACACAAGCAAUGGAUCACAAACGUACAUAUGCAACGCGGGGGUGUGAGAGAACUAGUAUCUGGAAGCCGAAACGGAGAGAUUCGGUUAUGGGAUCUCCGCAUGAACGAUCCAAUCAAUACGAUCCAUGCCACCAAGGAUACUCUGCGAACGUUGAGCGUUCAUGAGCACGCCCCUGUUUUUACAGUUGGAACGAACCGACACGAAGUCAAAACGUUCAACGUCGACGGCACAUUCCUAUCCAACUUUGAGCCAUACUCGAGUUUCCUUCAUCACAACCGCUCGUCGCCCAUAUCCGCCACGGCGUUUCAUCCACAUCGUACACUUCUUGCUUGCGCCGCCCUGCAAGAUAAUCACAUUAAUCUAGUCUCCUGCUAAAGCAUCUACACUGGUUCUGCGAUUUGCUUUUCUUCUUGUCUUGUGGUCUUGCAGCCUGGCGCUUAUGAUGUUGUCUUGCUUAUACUAUGGGCUGCAUAUUAUUAAUUUCUAUUUAUAUUUACUCAUGACGGCGUUUCUUCUUCAUUUGCUUCGCAUGGUAUUGGUAGAUGGGCAAGGUAUGGCUUGGCAAUGAAUCUUUUCGUGUCCUAUUUUCCUGGCUAUCGAAUUUUUUUUUUUUUUUCACAUUCUGUUUCACUCGUAACUCAUUACACUAUAUCCAUUUUCUUUUAACUACUUUACUUUCUUCGAACUCUUCUAGAUUAAGCAGAAAAUGUAUACAUAGAGCUCUCUCAAAUUCUUACCACUAUAGUUCCC